UGAUCUCGAUUCCUGCUGAAGUACAGUCCCCCUGGAACCCGAUCCUCCCACCUAUCAGGAGGACAAGCUACUCUCCUGGGGCCAUGAUGAACACAGUCAGUGAUGACCCCAUCUCACUGUGGCUUCGCCUUGGGGCACUGGAAAAGCUUGAGCAAGUCCUACUGGAUGGCUAUGGAGAGCAACUUUAUGGCAAGACAUCCCGUAUUCCCCAGGUCAACAAGUUUCUUAAACAGAUACCAAUCUUUCAGGCUAAAAUAGAGGAUAUCCAUAGGGCUAUUGCUAAAGGCCAGCUUCGGGAGGUGCAACAUCUUAUUGACCGUAAAAAACUGGCUUUUUCCCGUGACCACAUGGGUGCUAGUCCUCUUCACAAAGCUGUACUUUAUGAACAAACCGAUAUCAUGGAGUAUUUGCUGGACCGUUAUAACAGUGUUAUACAUGCUAGGGAUCAUCAAGGCCGGACCCCAUUACAUUAUGCAGCAGUGUUAAAAGAUGACGGAAAAGUCUAUAACAUGUUACUAGAAGCUGGAGCUGACCAGAAAGCUACAGAUAUGCAUGCCCACAGACCAGAUUACUAUAUUCAGAAUCCAAAUCAACUGACACUCCAACAACUCAAAGAGGGUGCUGUUGUGAACAGAAUAAAGAAAAUUAAGCCAAAGCCUCAGCCUAAGCUAGUUGUCAAUGAUUCAUACAGAGGAUUUUCAGCAAAACCUGCAGGGAACAGAGUCCAAAUAAAAGAACUUAUUGAACAAGGGAGCUUGGAAAAUCUAGAAGAACUGUUACUUCAGGGUCAUGGAGAUAGGUUAUUAGGUGAAACUUCCUCCAAUGAGAGGAUACAAGAGUUUUUAGGAAUGGUGCCAAUUUACAUGGAGCGUAUUAAUGAAGUCCAUCGAGCAGUUGUAAGAGGUCGUAUUCGUGAUGUGCAAUCUUUGCUAGAUCGAAAAAAGCUAGCAGUGGCUCGUGACCAAUUAGGGGCCACAAUCCUACAUAAGGCUGUGAUGUAUGGACAUUUUGAGCUAGCAGAAUACAUUGUAAAAAAUUUUCCUACAUGUCGAGACUGUAAAGAUGUGGAUGGCCACACAGCUUUACAUUAUGCUGCUGUGAUUCCUGAUGAGAAACAAAUGUACAACAUGUUGGUGGAUGCUGGUGUGGACACUGGAAUUCCUGAUGGUAAAGGGAAACCAGCAGAAUAUUACCUUCAGUAUCCUGAGCAGUUUAACCUAGAUCAGCUUAUCAAACGAAGUCAAAGAGUGAAUGCUACUUAUGUUGCCAACAACACUAACUGGUUUAUAACAAAGAAUCCAUCAGGUUUAAUUCCUGUGAACGGUAAAUCUGGUACAAAACGUCGACUUUUUACUGGAAUAGGUCCUGAAAAACUGUUGCCAGAAAUUCAAGGUGAAGAUGGUCAGAUAGAAGAAGAAGGAAAGAAUCACCUUCCCCAGUUGUUUGACAGACGAAACAACUAUUGGACAAAACCUAAACUCCAACGUCUUGAAGUCACUUCUGCUAAUAUUAGGAAGUGGAUUCAAGAAGAAGACCUGGAUAAAUUAGAAGGGGCCGUACUAGAAGGCUAUGGGGGAAAACUGAGUAGUGUGGAGACCUCUAGUGAGGGAGUCCAGAACUACAUCAAUGAAACAGUACCAAAGAUCAUGGAACGUAUAGAAGCCAUACAUGCAGCAGUUGCAGAAGGAAAUGUCUCAGAGCUUCAGAAUCAUCUGGACAAACAAGAUUUUGUGUUGGCAAAAGACCAUAUGGGGAUGACUCCACUACAUCGGGCAGUUAUUCUUGGCCAUAUGGAUGUUGUGGAGUACAUUCUCGAUAAGUUCCCAGAGACUGUGAAUGCUAGGGACAAGGACGGAAGAACAGCUCUCCACUAUGCUGCAGCUGUCCCCAGAAAAGAUGGAAAGACCAUGUUUAAAAUGUUACUUCAGGCAGGAGCUGAUACUAGAAUCAGAGAUCAGCGAGGCAGAACUCCAGAGUACUACAGAACUCAUCACCUGUCUGACAACUCUGACCAUUCCAAAGAACAACGUGGUAAAACAACCAGUAAUCAAACAGAAAAAGAAGUUAAAAAGGGCCCACCCAUUCCAAAGGCAAUCAUAGCAAAAUCCAACAAGGCUUUAUUAGAUGGUGAUGUGGCAGAACUACAAGAAAUAGUAGGAGAUGGAUAUGGUCACUAUUUAAUUAGCAAAACCUCGUGGCAUGAGAAUGUUCGGCAGUAUUUGAAAGGAUUGCCAGGACUUUUAGACUUGAGUAUUAUGGUACAACAAGCUCUGAAGGCAGGUGACUUAGCAACUUUAACAGAACAUGUGACAAAUAAUGAACAGUUACUGUGCAUGAAAGAUGAAAAUGGUGAAAUGCUUGUUCAUCAAGCUGUUGUUCAUAACCAGUUCCCCAUACUUCAGUUUCUUGUGAAUCAGUUUCCUCAUGUUGUGAGACAAAGAGAUCGUAGUGGCUGCACAGCUUUACACAUUGCUGCCAAGCAAAAGGAUGAAGCAGCUUAUGAAUUCCUUGUGUCUAAAGAAGCUGAUCCCAAAGCACUUGACCAGAAAGGAAGAACAGCUGAGUACUACAUGAAACAAGGACAAAAAUCUGAACAGAUACUGACAAAAACUUCAGAUGCUAAUAAACAGGAGCCUACAGUGGUUUCAGACACACAAAUAAUGGGCGAAGACUUUCUCAAAGGAACUGAGAAAACUGUUGUCCCUAUAGAACAACAAGGAAUUGGUGAUACUUCUGAUAUAAUCAUGGUAGAAAAAGAAACCACUGACAAUAUCAAAUCCAUCUCCAAAGAAACAGAAUCCAGUAAAGCUCCCGAAAUAACUCUAGCAGAACAAGACUUAAGUAACAUUAAACAAAUAGCAUUUACAAAACAAGAAGCCAGUGAUACUGUUGACUCAGUAACAGAGAAUCCUGAAAUCACUUAUGCUUUACAUUUAAAUGAUGAAAAGCAAUCAAUACCCACUGAUGCACAUGAAACAGCCCAAGAAGAAUCAGAAGCUAAAGAUUUUCAGAGACUGCCUCUAAAGGUACUACUUUCUAAAUCAGAAGCUAAAGAUACUUUAGAGGCAGUCUUUGAAGAACAUACAGAAUCCAAGGAAGAUAAUGAGACAGACACUAAAAAAACAGAUGAAAAUAGUGCCCUUGAAGUAGGUCCAGCAAAUGAAUCUAAUGAUGUUCAAGAGGUAGAUUUUAUAGAAAAGUUUGAAGUUGGUGAUACUGUUGACACAACAGCAACAGAGAAUCCUGAAACCACUUAUACUUUUGAUUUAAAUUCUGAAAAGCAAUCAUUACUCAUUGAUGCUCCUGAGACAGCUACAGAAGAAUCAGAAGUUAAAGAUGCUUUAGAGGCAUUCUCUGAAGAACAUCCAGAAUCCAUUAAAAAUAAUGAGCUUGAUGCAGAAAAAUCAGAAGAAAAUGGUGCUCCUGAAGUAGGUUCAGCAGAACAAGAAUCUAAUGAUGUUCAAGAGGUAGGUUUUACAGAAAAGUUUAAAGUCAGUGAUACCGAUGACACAGCAGCAACAGAGAAUCUUGAACCAACCAAUGCUUUUGGUUUAAUUGCUGAAGAGCAACCAAUAACCAUUGAUGCACCUGAGACAGUUCUAAAUGAAUCAGAAACUAAAGAUACUUUAGAAGCAGAUUCAGAUGAGACUGUUGACAGAGCAAUAGAAAAUUCUGAAAUAAACGAUGCUUUUGAUUUGCAACCAAUACCCAUUGAUGUUCCUGAGACAGCUCUAGUAGAAUCAGAAGGUAAAGAAACUUUAGAGGCAGCCCUUGAAGAACAACCAGAGUCCAAUGAAGUUAAUGAAGCUGAUAUUGAAAAAACAGAAGAAAGUGUUACCCUUGAAGAAGACCAUGCAGAAAAAAAAUCUAUUUAUGAUCAAGAGAUAGACUUUAUACAACAGACUGAAACUAAUGAUGUUGUUGAUACAGCAAUAGAGAAUCCUAAAUCAAUUGAUGAUUUUGAUUCAAUUACAGAUGAGCAAUUCAAACCCAUUGAUGCUCUUGCAACAACUACAGAAGAACCAGAAGCUAAAGAUGCCUUAGAGAUAGUCUCUGAAGAACAACAACAAGAAUCAAACGAAGUUAAUGAUGCAGAUACUGAAGAAAGUAGUGCCCUUAAAGCAGAUUCAGUAAAACCAGAAACAUUUACAGUGGUAAGUUCAGAUGAACAAACAGAUAUCAACAGCACUAGCAUAACAGGGUUUGAAGAUCAACUAAAAGUCAAAGAAUUUGAUGAACCAGCUCCUGAAACAGAAAGACUAACAGACAUUCCUAAAGAACAAGAAAUCUAUGAUGAACAUGAGAAAGAUGUGGAAAUUAAAAAUUCUCCAACAGAAAAACAGGCCACUGGAGAUCAGUCAGAAACUGGUAAUUCUUCUGAAGAUUUCCGUCUAGAAGCAGAACCUAAUGAAAAUGAGAAUAAUAGUGAUAAUACAUACAAUUCAGAAAAUGAUGAUGGAUCAAACAAAAGGAACAAUACUACAGAAAUGAGUGCAACUUCACAAGAUCAGUAUCUUAACACUUUGAUUGAACAAUGGAUUCAGGAAGGAGAAAUGAUGCGACUUGAACAUGUCAUUAUUGCUGGCAAAGGUGACAGAUUAAUUGGAAAAACUUCUGACAAUAAAGAUAUUCAAGAAUUCCUUGAUAAUGUUCCAACCUACAUGGCCAACAUACAAGCCAUUCAUGAAGCUGUAGUGCAAGGUAAAUUGGCAGAUGUAAAACAGUUGUUAACAAGAAAAAGAUUUGCUCUGAGUCGUGACCAGCAAGGAGCAAGUCCAUUACACCUAGCAGUACUCCAUGGGAACUUUGAUGUGACGGCUUAUAUUACUAACACAUUUCCAGAAACAUUGAAUGGGCAAGACAAUGAGGGAAGAACACCACUACAUUAUGCUGCUAUUAUACCUAAUGGAAGAAAAUACUACGAGAUUCUGAAAGAGGCAGGAGCUGACGACACCAUAAAUGACAGAAGUGGCCACAGUCCUCAGGUCUACCUGGACCAACCAGGUUUACUGACCAUUAGAGAUUUGUUAGAAAGCUACAAAAAAGGAGAUUCACCUCAGAGAAGUCCUUCCACAGUGGAAGUCUGGCAUCGGCCUUCCAUUCAAGAAGAAGAGCAAGAGCUAACUCCAUCACAGGAUGAAAAUGGUGCUCUUUUCCAAGUAGAAAAGACCACAACUGAGACCAUUGUUCACCAAAUUCUCAAAGAGGGCAGUGAAGAUGACAAGAAGUACCUAGUGGAAACGGUUGGGAACAUCUUGACCUAUGGAAUACGUGAAGUAGAUCGAUUACAACCCAAUGAUCCUAUUGCCUACCUUGCCACGUGGUUAUACAGUUAUGCUUCCUACAAGGCAUCCAAAGAAAAGUCGGUCACACGAAAUGAUACAACAUCACAUAACAAGGAAGAUAGCAUGCCCGAGAUUGAAAAAGCUCUCAAAGAACAGACACAAAACCUAAGAAAUCAAAUGAAGAAAAUAAUGACAGCACGUUCUCAUGAAAGGUAUGAAAAUGAGAACUCUAUAGAUGAGGUUAACAAUAAUGAUCAUUCCUCUUUUCAAUUUGAAGAUCAAACCAAAAUGAAGGAUGAAGCAGGUCAAACUGUACUACACUUCGCUGCUAUGCAGUCUCAUCAGAAUGAUAGUUUCUACAACCUCAUCAGGCAGACCGAAAUUCUACUGGGUGAACGGGAUGAAAAUUAUAACACUGUUCGUGACAUUGCAGAACAGGCUGGACAAUGGGACAAUGUCCAAACACUUGACCAGUAUAUCAUUGAUGCAUUUAUGAGUAAUAAUACAGAUUUGCUAAACAUGUUGAUGCACGAGGGAUACAACCACAUACUGAACAUCACAGAUAAAGGAGGAAAGGAUCUUAAAACAAUAUUAGAAGAGAACAAACUUCAGCAGUCCCUCACAUUGUUGAAUGAAUUAACUGACUUUGAGAAAAAGCGUAACGAUCUACACAACUAUAUAAGAAAUGGAUAUAUGGAAGGAGUUUCCAACCUAAUUAAUUCAGAUCAUUCAUUAGUGACAGCCAAAAAUGAAACAGCUCGAUGUUCACUUCACAUUGCUGUAUUACUGGAAAAUUUGGACAUCGUUCAAAAGCUGGUGGAUGUCAACUCUUCAUCUGUACAUGUUCCAGAUAAUAUGGGGAGGACACCUCUCCACUAUGCAAUGGCUGCAGUUAAUGUUACUAAAAUUGCCCGCAUUCUGAUUGAGGCUGGAGCCUUGCGAACAACACGAGAUGUGAAAAUGCAAUCAGUAAGCCACUAUUAUAUUGAAGCAGAAGAAAUCCAUAAGUUGAAGAGAGAAGAAGACCAGUCAUAGCUAGCAAGCCAAAGCAGAAGCCCAAUUACAACAUACAACUAAAACUGUGUAGAUCAAGAAAGCAACUCAUGACCAACACUAUAUUUUCUUAUUAUGUGCAUUAAACCAGCACUAGUAAUGUGUGUAACAUCUAUCAAUACUUUUAUGUUAGCUUGCAGCUGCUAUUUUUCUGUAUUCAGUUAUUAGUUACUGAAUGUUUAUUUCUGUAUUUUUUCUCUCACUCAUAAAGAACUGAAAUAACGUAGAAGUUCUAUUAUAGUAAAACUAACAAAUGGAAGUAAAUAUUAUUACAACUCACUGUAUGUAUGUGCUAGGCUUUGGGCACAUUCAGUAUUUACUUCAUAUCAUGAUCUUAAAUGUAUGUGUAUGAUAAACUUUCUGAUGCAUUCACCAUAACACCUUUCCUUGUAUGUUAAAUAUUUAUAAUAUACUAUAAUAUGACCUUCACAAUUUAGAGUGGAACCAUUAAAAAGCAUUUGUGAUAAGGAAAAAAUGACAGUUGCAUUACAGAAGUCCUUAGUUUAAACAUCUGUACAAACUUUCUAAAAACCUUUAAUAUUUCUUUUAUCACACACUUGAGUUGUGAUUUAACUGAUAAUUUGCAGCAAAUAUAAAUUAAACUAAGUAAUAUAAUUUAAAAAGUUUGUAUUGAUUUUUAUCAAUUCCUUCAACAAAUUAACAAUUCUACUGAAAUUACUUGAAUCUUUCUUUAAAAAUUCAGAUAAUUACCUUGAGCUUAGUUUAAAACAGUUUUUUAAUAUUCUUUGGCAAACUACAAAUAUCACUAUAUUUCUAUGUGCAAUUAUUUGUACAAAGUAUUUUAUGCAUCUAGGCUAUGCAAUGUAGCCAAAUGCACAUAAAAGUAUUUUUUUAGGUAAUUAAACCACUGCUUAUAAAAUUUUAUUUACAUGUUGAAAAGCAUACAUAUUUAAAGAU